AUGGACGGAGCCCACGGCGCGGGCCUGCAGCUGCAGCCGCUCCCACCCACCAGCAGCGCCACCUCCGCGAGCCAGAGCAGCGAGGGCUCCUUCUCCUACAAGGAAAACUUGAUUGGCGCUCUCUUGGCGAUUUUCGGGCACCUCGUGGUCAGCAUCGCCCUUAACCUGCAGAAAUACUGCCACAUCCGCCUGGCAGGCUCCAAGGACCCCCGGGCCUACUUCAAGACCAAAACAUGGUGGUUGGGGCUGCUCCUGCUGCUGCUGGGGGAACUAGGUGUGUUCGCCUCCUACGCCUUUGCCCCGCUUUCGCUCAUCGUGCCCCUCAGCGCCGUCUCUGUGAUAGCAAGCGCCAUCAUCGGAAUCAUAUUCAUCAAAGAAAAGUGGAAACCUAAGGACUUUGUGAGGCGCUAUGUCUUGUCCUUUGUUGGCUGCGGUUUGGCGAUCAUAGGUACCUACUUGCUAGUGACCUUUGCACCUAAUAGUCAUGAGAAAAUGACAGGCGAGAACAUCGCCAGGCAUCUUGUGAGCUGGCCUUUUCUCCUGUACAUGCUGGUGGCGAUUGUCCUGUUCUGCCUGCUCCUCUACUUCUACAAGGAAAAGAACGCCAAUAGCAUCAUCGUGAUCCUCCUCCUGGUGGCCUUGCUCGGGUCCAUGACGGUGGUGACGGUCAAGGCAGUAGCAGGGAUGCUGGUGCUCUCCAUCCAAGGCAACCUGCAGCUGGACUACCCUAUCUUCUACGUGAUGUUCGUGUGCAUGGUGGCCACUGCCAUCUAUCAGGCCACGUUUUUGAGUCAAGCCUCUCAGAUCUAUGACUCCUCCCUGAUCGCCAGUGUUGGUUACAUCCUGUCCACCACGGUGGCCAUCACAGCAGGUGCGAUUUUCUACCUGGACUUCCUCGGGGAGGAAGCUCUGCACGUCUGCAUGUUUGCACUGGGGUGCCUCAUUGCCUUCUUGGGCGUAUUCUUGAUCACCCGAAACAGGAAGAGGGCCAUUCCGUUUGAGCCGUAUAUUUCCAUGGACGCCAUGCCAGGGAUGCAGGACAUGCAUGCAAAGGGGAUGACGGUCCAGCCUGAGCUCAAAGCUUCUUUUUCCUACGGGGCCUUGGAGAACAAGGAUAGCACUUCUGAGAUCUACACCCCGGCCACACUGCCCGUGGAGCAGGAGGAGCACAGCUCCAGGAGCACCCCUGGCCUUCCCUACCGUGUCCUGGAGCACAGCAAGAAGGAAUGAUCUGCCUCCCUUGGGGCUAUAACUGCCCACAGGCCACCCA